UCAGGCCAUGGAUCCUCAAGUCUACAGGGCUGCAAAGCUUGGUGACAUUACACUUCUCCAACAAGUAGUGAUUGAAGAUUCUAGCCGAUUGCUAAGAGUAACUCCAAAUGAGAACACAGCCCUUCACGUCUCAGUGAGUUUCGGUCACAUAGAGUUUGUGAAUGAAGUGUACUCUGCUCUUCUCCGACACAAUUCAAAUUUAGAAGGUAACAUGGAAUACAACAGAAGCCUAUCUCUAAUCACACAGGUGAACUCAGAAGAUGAUACUGCCCUUCAUGUAGCAGCCAGAGAAGGGCACGCUUCCAUAGCUAAAUUUCUAAUUGAAAAGAUAAAGCCUUGGUCUUCGAGCCAUGAUGUCGAAAGUGGAAAUUAUAGUUCAGUUGUUCUUGAGAAACUAAGGAUGAGAAACAAGAGCUUUCACACAGCCCUGCACGAAGCUGUGAGUAGAAAUGACUUUGAGAUGGUAAAGUUGUUGACUGAGACUGAUCCUGAUUUAGGGCAUCCCAACUAUGAUGCUGAUCACGCAGAAGGAUGUGGGGAAUCUCCACUCUACUUGGCUGCCAGUGACGGAUGCUUGGAUAUUCUCAACCAAAUCUUUCUCAUUUGUCCAUCUCCAGCUCAUGGUGGACCACAUGGUCGGACAGCUUUACAUGUGGCCGUCGUUGAAAGGAGGCUAAGUGUGGUGAAAGUACUAUUGGAGAAAAUGGGUAAAAUACUUGUGGAUAAAGUAGAUAAGAAUGAAAGGACCGCUCUCCACUAUGCAGUAUCCGACGGUUCCUUCCAAAUAACACAACGGUUAUUGCAAAGAAGAGGUAAGUCUUCCGGUGACCUCAACAUAGUACAACAGUUGUUGAGGCAUGAUACUUCCAAUGCGUAUAAAUUGGAUAAAGAUGGUCUCUCACCACUUCACAUAACUGCUCUUGAAUCAAGCAUUCAGGUAUUUCGAGAACUCCUCAAAUGUUGUCCAGAUUCUGGGGAGUUGGUGGACAAAAAGGGUCGUAAUGUUCUUCACUUUGCUGUGAUGAGUAAGGAUUUCAAGAAAAUCAGUUUUGCCUUGAGGCAAGUAGAGCUUGAGGGACUGGUAAACAAGACAGAUGAUGACGGAAACACCCCAUUCCACCUUGCGGCAACACUUGGCUCUUUCAUGCUUAUGCGACAUUUUCUUUCAAUUAGAAGAGUUGACGUAAAAGCAACCAACAACAUGGGUCAGACAGCUGCCGAAAUUUUUCAAUCGACUCAAGAAGGAAACACAGCUUCGAUGUUGUUAUACCAAUUAUUGAUGGCUCAUAUUUUUUUGCCACGGCAUGCAAUAAAUGUAAGAGGAGAAAAUAAAUGGAUGAUUGGAGGAGGAGGAGGAGCAAAUAAGGAGCAAAUAUGCAGUGACCCCCUCCAGAAUCAGGCAGAGGGAGAAAAAAAAGCAGCAACAACAAAGGUUACAAAAAACCAAAGAGAAAUGGGGAAAACUCUCCAAAUAGUAGCCUCUCUUAUUGCCACCGUAACCUUCACAGCAGUUUUUCAAGUCCCCGGUGGCUACAAUACCGUUUCUGGAAAGCCUUUACUCAUCGACAAUCCAGACUUCAAAAGUUUUAUGAUUCUCGAUAUUCACGCUUUGAGUCUGUCGCUUAUUAGUCUGAUAGUCAUGUUCUUGCCCCCAUUAGUUGGCGACCAUUUCUAUUCUUCAUUUUUGGAAAUGGGUACAACUCUUAUAUGCUACGCAAUUGUCUUCACUUUCGUAGCGUUCUUAAAGGGCAUGAGGGCAGUAUUAUCAAAUUUUGACGUAGUUUCUGCUUUAACUUCUUUAACUUCUGCUUUAACUUCUUUAAUUGUGUCAUUAGUUUAUAUCUUAUUUCUUGCAAAUAUUGUUGCUACUUUAUUUCUUCUCAGGAGGCAUUCACGAAUCGGUCCUUAA